AUGACCGUGGAACGCAAGCCAGCCGAGGAGACAGACCGCCUUAGUCUCCUGCCAACAGAGCUCCUCAUAGACAUCAUCGAGCAUAAGAUCGCCAAGUGUUCAGCCGGAGUUCUUCGCCGUCACAGAGAAACCCAUGAUAAGUACGGCGUCAUCUCAGACCUCCAGCCGGCGACUAUACCCACAUUCCGAAGGUUUUGGGAAGACUGGCUUUGGCCGCGAGAACGUUUUGACGAAGAUGCGCAGCCGUUGGAGUGGACGCUGGAAGAUAAGGAGCGGGCGGAGUACAUGCGGCUUUUCAAAGAUAUAUUUCAUCCGGGUUUCGACGAUACGUGUGUGGUCGACCAACAACUCGACGAGGGUUACGAUGGCAUCCUCAAGAUCUUACUUAUGGCUAUAUGCCCUCACCUGAGUAGUGUGAAAUACAUUCUGCGCGACGAGGGCACCAGAGAUGACAGCCUCAAAUGGCUCACUUCGCUCAUCGAAAUGAGUCACCUUGCCGGAUCCUGGGCACCAGGGCUACGCGCUCUUCGCGAGGUCUCCAUCGGAGUGCGCUCCGGAACUUGGCUAGACUACGACCGUAAGGUCAAUCAUCGCCCCGAUCUCCUAGCAAGUGUACUUAGGCUCCCCAGCAUCGAUACCGUCUACUUCCUCGGCCACCUGUUCAUCGACAGCGGAGAGUUUUUGAGUCCCGGGUUCUGCUCAGCCCUCCUCAACGCCCCUCGCUCCCUCAAAACCCUCCGCCUCCGCGGCAACGUUAGAGGUGAUCAGGAUUGCUGGCACGAGAUCGACAGAUUCCUGCUCAAUGCACGCAACGCCCAGGCUGAAUCUCUUGAGAGUAUCAUGCUCUACGGAGCGUGGGGGAUGGAAACUGCUCGCAAAUCCGGCUGUGACCUGUAUCACCUCCAUUUGCUCGAACUCAACACAUUUCCACGCCUCCGGCCAGUCUGGCUCGACAACGCCGACUUUCUCAAGCAGGCAGACAGCUACGAUAUGUACGCGAUACCAGACCUAUGGCAAACGCCCGCCGAAGCAGCGCUAGAGUGGAUUAUCUCCCGCCUCCCCGCGUCGAUGGAGACAGAGGAUCUCCUCAUCGGCCUUCUCAACUCGGACAGAUUCCCAAAAUUGAAGGCACUUUUCAUCAAGGAUGACGUGGUCCGACGAGAUCGGUGCGGCCGGGCGCGUUGCUCCAACCACGAGCCGCCCAACAAUCUUUACUUCCAGCGCCUCAUAGCCGUGGGCGAGAAGCGCGGGGUCGACGUGGAUUGUACGGCUAGCAGGCUCAGGAAGAGGAUUCACAGCGACGAGGAUAUCGGGUUUCCUGCUGGCCCGGAUUACGCGGCCGCGCUGAAGUCUUUGCCCCUAGACUCCUCGAUCCAUGGUUCCGGCGCGCGAGAGUUCAAUGUGUUUGGAGGCGAGUGGCAGCUCAAGGGGUGCGGUAACUGUGGCGAGUGCGAGAAGUGUUUCCAGGCGUACUCUGAGGAGAGUUGGAAGGCGAGAGGGAAAGGAAUCGAGACAUGA